AAAAAUAAAUAAAUUAGAUUUGGGAGCAUGGGCUAAUGCACUUGGCUUUGCAGUUUCAGUCUGCACUUUUUCUCUAAUUUCUUUCAGGCUGAGGAUGUUUAGACAGAAUUCUGACCCUGUUAGAGGGCCGAGGCGAAGGAGAGUGCAAACACGGCAUGUCACAUUUAGAGUUGGUCUCAUUCUCCUUCCUGAUUUGGAAACAUUCCAUGCCCAAAAAGUGGCAGCUAUAAAAAAAAUACAGGUGCCGUUGUCUCUAUCAGCCGAGGAGUUCCUUGAUGUUCUGAAAACUGCAUUUCCAAGACUGGGCAGCACUGAUUUUGACUUGGCCAGGGUUGAUUGUAACAAAAAAAUUAGAAGACUUAAUGUUUCUCCACUUUCACCAUCUGUGCUGAAAGCCAGCAAAGAGCUAAAUCGGUCUGCUCUAUAUCUACUCCCAAAGGAGCGUUUGGAAGGGCAAGCUGAAGAACAGCAAGAAGAGUGUCAUGAUGAAGGCAGCGACUCGGGCCAACGCCUGGACCAAGAUGAUGUACAGGUGGUCGACACCUCAGAUUCUCUGAGGCCGCAUACAAUGGAGAGGGAUGAACUGCGUGAGUGGCGUGCACUUCGUGAAAGUCAAGACGAGGAAUACCUUUCGAGUCUGCGAGCUGACCAAGACCGAGUAAGCAAUUACAGACCAUCACAACGCAGAGAAGCUGAUUUAGAGAAAAGACGCAAAGAGGCUUUGGAAAGAAGGCGUCUCAGUUUGAGCAGACUGGCUGAGCCACAGGAUGGCAUCCCACUUCAAUUAAAGUAUCCUGAUGGCCAUAUCAUUAGGAGAAGAUUUUACCUCACACACCCAAUUCAGCACCUGUUUGACUUUGUUGGCUCGGAUGAGAUGGCAACAGAGGAGUUCUUCAUCCAGAGGGCCAUGGCGCCACGAAUCAGGAGUACUACUACAUCAAUGAGUCCUGCACCGUUUUUGUAA